UAAUUUAACAGUUUGGUAAUGGUUUUGGAUUGUGAUUUUCGUUUCCUCAUAUUCCUAAUUAUUUUUUGAUUAGUCGAUAGCGAAAUUAACAGAGGACAAUGAAAAGUUGCUCCUAAACAUCUAACGUAUACACACAAUAACAGUUAAGAUGAAGCCUUUAAUAGAUUUUGAUGAAUGUCUAAGAGACUCCCCUAAAUUCAGGGAGCAGCUGGAAACUGAAGAAGCUAGCAUUGAGGCUUUGGAGCAGAAGCUCGACAAAGUUUUGAAGACAUGUUCUGUUAUGAUAGAGUCAGGAAAAACUUACAUGAGUCAUAGAAGCACAUUCACAAACGCAUUAUGGGACAUGAGCAGCAACUUCACAGAGGAUUCAACUGUGCUGUCAGCAUUAAAUCGCAUGAUUCAUUCACUACAGGAGAUGACCAAAUUCCAUUCCAUAUUGCUGGACCAAGCCUCCAGGACCAUACUCAAGAAUCUCACUGCUUUUAUCAAAGUAGAUAUCAAGGGUGUGAAAGAGAGCAAACAUCACUUCGAUAAAAUCUCUAAUGAUCUGGACAUAGCUUUAAAUAGGAACUCGCAGGUGUCGCGACACAAGCCCACAGAUGCGGAAGAAGUGAUGAAUCUCCUGCUGGCCACCCGUUCUUGUUUCCGGCACACAGCCCUGGACCAUGUUCACAAGAUUACCAUGCUCCAAGCACGCAAGCGACACGACGUAUUGGCCACCUUCCUGUCAUAUUUGCAAGCCUGCAGCACUUACCAUCAUCAAGGUGCGGAUCUGUCUGAGGACUUGGAACCCUUCCUUAAAUCCACAGCUGAAGAGAUUGCAACAAUGCGUAACGAUACAAAAAUACUCGACAAGGAGAUGGAGAACCGGCACACGAUAGUCAAUAGUAAGGAUACAGUACUGCCGAGUUGCAAAUCUGUUGCCGCCGAGGGGGAGCAUAGAGACGGACUUUUGAGCACGCCUUGCUUAAAAAACAUGCCUCGGAUGCAGGGGUAUUUGUUCAAACGGACUUCUAAUGCUUUUAAGACGUGGAACAGGCGAUGGUUCUAUCUUUACGACAACCGGCUUGUGUACAGGAAGAGAACUGGCGAACUUAAUGUCACGGUGAUGGAGGAAGAUUUAAGGUUAUGCACAGUCAAACCGGUCCUUGAUGGCGAGAGGCGAUUCUGCUUUGAGGUCCUCUCACCUUCCAAAAGUCACAUGCUCCAAGCGGACUCUGAAGAGAUGUUGAACUCUUGGAUAACAGCGCUGCAGAAUGGCAUCCGGUCGGCCAUACAACAGGGCCAGAGCCGCGAUAACCCUGACUCGCAGAUGGUGCUGGUGCCCGACGACACUAGGUCUUCGACCAACAGGCUUAACGUUUCGCCUGCUAUGAAGAAAAUUAGAAUAUGGGAACAGCUGCUGAGUAUACCUGGAAAUAAUUACUGCUGUGACUGCGGCAGUCCCAAUCCACGUUGGGCCAGUAUUAAUCUCGGGAUCACUCUGUGCAUAGAAUGUUCGGGAAUACAUCGCUCCUUGGGUGUUCACGUUAGCAAAGUGAGAUCGCUUACGUUAGACGACUGGGAGCCAGAUAUAAUAAAGGUAAUGGCAGAGUUAGGGAAUAAAAUAGUGAAUUUAAUAUAUGAGGCGAAUACAGACGGCACCACUAUCAGGAGGGCCUCCCCCGAAUGUGAUACUUCGGUGCGUGAAGCAUGGAUACGUGCAAAAUACGUGAAGCUGGCGUUUGUGAAAAAUAUCGUCAACUCAACCAUGGCUGAUUCCCUCCAGGAAUCACCCCUCAGAAAUGGGAGGCGGUGGUCCGUUCGACGAGCUAGGCGGAGAGUCCGCGUUCCACCUGCUGUGCCGGAAACAAUCAAGGAUGAAAAAAGUGAUGCAAAUAGCAACACCAGUGUAUCAGAAAGUUCCAGCAAGUCUGAAGGGAGUCCCGUGUUGCUAAUAGGCACUGAUUUGGCCAGUGAACGAGCCGUAGAUCUCAGCUUGCCUUCAGACCAUGAUUCCACUGAAGGAGAAGAUGACGAUCUGGGCGCGGAAGACAUGUCGAUGCUUUCGGCGGGCGCGGUUCUGUACCGGGCUGCGCGUGCGCACAACGUGUGUGUAAUGCGCGCCGCUUUGGCUGCGGGCGCCGACCCUAACGAGCCCUCCGCAAACAAGCGGACGGCACUGCACGCGGCCGUGUUGAGCGGUUCUGUGAUGGCGUGUUCGUUUCUUCUUUUGAACGGCAGCAAACUGAACGCCCAAGACGACGACGGCAUGACACCGUUGCAUCUAGCCACUGAGGCCGGUCACACUGGACAGGUAUGCUUGCUGCUUCGUUAUCGUGCGGACCAAGCCCUCGUGGACAACGAUGGACGUACGCCGCUUGACAUUGCCGUCGGACAUGCUAAUGCCGAUAUUGUUACUCUGUUAAGAUUAACGAAGCUAAACGAGGAAAUGCGGGAGAGCGAGAUGUCGUCCAACGACGACACCUACAACGAAGUGUUCCGCGACUACACGCAGCUGGCUCACUCGCACCCCGAGCGCCUCGUACGUGCGAGGCAUAACAACAACGAAGGUGAACAAACGAUUGAAUGACGUAUGGAGAAAAAGUUUCGGCGCCUGCAAAUGUGGUGGCGAGACGAAUGAUGAAGUUUGAUGAUGGUCAACUCUGUUGUGGUGAUGUAAUGUUUAUUCAUCAUCGAGUGCUUAUUGUUCUUCCAUUUGCCCAUCAUUUAAUGAAUUUAUAUUAAUCAUUGCUACCUUCGAUCAAUAAUAUAUUAGGCUAACUGUACCCAUAAGUUUAUUUUAAAAGGAAUUACUUAUAGAUCACAUUUGGUACCCGACCUACCGCAUCGCAUCGCACGCCCGCGUUGUUACUUCGGUUUGCUUGGAGUUUUUCUGACUUUUAACUUUUGCUCGGCACUUAAGGAUCUUAGCAGAUGUUACAAAGCUAUUGGCAAUGAACCUUAUUGCCUUUGUCAUAAUUUUAGCUUUUUCCUUUUUUACGUAAUUACCAACCAAAUGCAAGAAAGGUUCAAACCGGACUUUUAAUUCCAGAAGCAGGCGUUACACAUUUGGUCCCCGACCAACUUAAGUAAAUGAAGUGACGCCUGCUUCUAUCCAAUAUGGGUACUGGAUAGAAGCACUGGAUGGUCGUUAUUUAAUUUGCUGAACUGAACGUUGAGAAUCUGUACGGUGAGACGUUACUUAGCGGAAUUCUGUAGUAUGCCGUCAGAAUAAUAUGAUGAAUCGCAAUAAUAUGAUAGAUCAUUCUAUACAUACUAAUACUUUAUUUUUUUUUAUUUUUUGUGCGAGUGUUUAAGCACUCCUUUGCGCACAAAUCAAUAAAGUAUCACUGUGUUCAUAAGGAGAUUCCUGCUGUAUACAUUUUUCUAUAUGAAAUAAUUAAAUUAUUACUAUUAUUACAUUAAAAAAGUGUAUCUGUUUGUUUUUAAAUCCUGUGCAAAAUCUUGAUGCAAUUCUAUUAUAAGAAGUAUCCCCUGUCUGUAAUAUACAAGCUAUCCCUGUGCGUAAUUUCAUCGAAAUUGGUUCAACCAUUCUGCUAAACAUACUCGUAGGUAACAAUCAUAAAAAGACACCUUCGCAUCAAAAAAAAAAUAUAGUUUUUUUUUUUUUUUUAAUUAGAUACGUUGAUGUGAUUUAACGGAAAACACUUUUUCACUGUAAAGUCCACGUCUUCUUAUUAUGCUCCGGUGUCAGAGCGAAACUUGCGUAGAGAGUACAUAUUGGAAGAUCUGUUUUAUAGGCCACAUAAAGAUUGAAAGAAAUAUAAAUUGCGCCGUACUGAUUUUCAUUUUAUUAUAUAUAUAGCAAAUUAAGCUUUAAUCCACGAAAACCAAAACUAAAAAUAACUUCCUGAUACGUGUUGUAUUUGAAGGUAUAUUAUUGAUCGAAGAUUGCCACAUGAUAUUUUUUACAUUUAAAAUUACAAUAACGCGAUAUUAAAUAGGUGGCAGAAUUAUUAGUAGAAUUAAAAUAAAUAAAAAAAAAACACUGCUUCUUCUCGGAAUAUUUUAAAUAACGAAUUUCGUAUUACAUAUAUUAAACUAGGCGUAGGUAAUGUUAUAAAUAUUAUUAAAUGUUCAACUUAAAAGUUGUGUAGGUUAUAAAGUCCUAUUUGAAAAUUUACUGUGAAAUUGAUCUCUUUAAAACAAGUUUUCGAGGCUUCAUAUAAUCAAAAUUAAUUUAAUAAAAGCUGCCAAAUUCCUUAUAAUAAAGACUUAAUAACCAUAUCUUCCAACACAAAUUAAUAUAACAACCUGGGGUCUGAUAUUGUAAAAAUUGACAGCAAAUCGCCUUUAUUUGUGUCCUAUGAAAAAUCGCGACCUCCUGUCAAAACAUUUACUAAAUCAGCCCCCCUAAAUAGUAAUAUUGUUUAUAAUUUUUAAGCCAUAUUGUAAGCCGUGAUGUGAUGUGCUUUUAUAUAAUAUUUAAACCAAAGAUUAUAGAAAUAUAUAUAUACAUAUAUGUAUGAGUACAGGAUUAGCUUAGUAACCAGUAUAAAGCUGCCUUUGCAUUGGAGAUACGUGCGAAUACAUAGGCAGAGAUGUGUGUGGAACCCAGAUAAAGGAGUGCUGCUUUAAUUUCAAUACCUUAGCCCAAGGAGAUCACAUAUGAGGUUUUUACAAGGCGUUAAUUUCUAUUUGCAUAAAAAAUUGAUGCACGAAAUAAAAGUUAUUGAAAAAAUUAACUUCUUAGUAGGCGGUUACCCUCUAACACACAUGUUAUUAUUAGUUAGCGACUAUGUCCGUUUUAUUCCUUCCUUCAAUGAGGAGUAUAAUGUUUUUUGAUGUCUGAGUAUACUCAACUAUUUCGUUACCAAUCAUAGACUUGCUCGAAAUUCUUACGCGAGCCAUUAACCCUACGGGUAACAUACGAUAUGUUACUUUCACCACAUACGUUUUUAUGAUUUGGGAUAUAGCUGCUCUUAAGAACUCUACGGUUCCUUCGGACAGUUCCGGGAUGACUCAUUUUAUAUCGUUUCAGUAAUCAUAUUUAACGCUCUACUAAUUAGUAAAAUGGGGCCAGGUGGGGUAAACCGAACAUAUUUUACUCUAAAACAAUUAAAUUACAUUAUAUGACGAGUUAGAAAAAAAAUUGAUUAGAAGGGCCAUGGCUUAGCUAUGAAAAUGAAGCAGUUCUAUUGGCUCCACAAACAUUCCUUUCUACUUAUCCGCAAAUCUUUGGUGCAAAAAGCAGACUUAAGUUGAGGGUAUAUGUAUUUUACCUUUAUAUAAUGGAAUAAAAUCUUUUAAACCAAUUUUAAAACCCUUACCAUAUGUUCCAUUUUUAUUUACCUUAAUAGAUUCUACGUUUACAUUCCUGUGUUCACUCGACCAUGUUACUUGGAAUAUUCCCAUAAAAUUAGAUAAUGUUACUUAGUAAUAUUUACGUGAACAGACGGAGCAUUUUAAGUAUUCCCAACUUGUAUUAUAGUCAGGUUAAUUUAGACCAAAAAAUGGGAGUGAAGGUGCAUAAAGUCCCAACAAGCUUAAAAUCAGUAAAAUUGUUCACAACAAAAUUUUGGUCUAAAGGUAAAAUUUUUGACUUGAAUAUAAUUUAUUAUUAUGCUUUGAACAAUUUUACUGAUUUUCAGCUUGUUGGGACCUUAUGCACCUUCGAAUGUCUGAAUUUACCGGACUAUUAUUUUUGUGCCGUCCUUGAUUAAUCGAGAAGUAAAAUAUGCUACUUAAUACAGUAGGUAAUUUUCGUGAUUUCAUCAAAAAGUUUAUCUAAAAGAGCAAUUUCAAAGAAUUAUCUCUAAUUUUUUAAUUAUUGAAAUAAGUGUGAUAAAUUGAAAUUACCACACUUAUAUAAUACAUACAACAUAGACAUAGUGUAAUGUCAAUUACUAUCACAUAAUUUACGUCCACGUAACGAGCAAGUGUGAAAGUUUGAAGUGUGAGAUAAUGAUAAUGGACUAAUGGACAAAAUGCUAUAUAAAUCUCAAAAUCAUUCCAAUUAAAUCUCAUUUACAACGACAAAAAAUUCCUAAAUUGUGUAUUUAAAAAUAUUACCUAAUUGAAUCUCAUUGUAAUGUAGUGUCUUAAUAUUUUUUUUAUUUAUAUGUUAUAAGCGUUUUUAUUGUAAAUAUGUUUUGCCUUAUUUUCCGCUUGCCAAUUAUUGUCAAUGUGCAUUGUUUACACCAAUUUUAUAAAGCGAAUACUUAUUUUAUUCAAUUAAUUUUCACUUCGAGUAAUGGGUUUCUCUGAAGGGUUCUAUCUUGCACGCUGAAACGAACUAAAAUCUAUCAUAAUAACCCUCAAAUUUAAUACCAAUAUUGGUAUACUUACAAAAUGUCAAAGUCAAAGUCAAAAAU